UCGUCUCUGGACCAACGCGACACGCACACACGGUUUGCCCGGCGCAGCUUUGAAAAGGAAUAUAUCGUGAUUAUUUUUGUGUUAAAACUUGGAUACUGUUCGUAAACUCGUCGCAAUGCAACAAUGUCAACUAUAAUAAAGAGCUUGGAAGUGCCGACAGAGACUGCAGCCAGCAGUCUAUCCCCUCAUCACCCUGCACCAGCCAUUGAAGUGAGGCCAGGAGUGUGAACUGCUCUCUAGCCAAACGACCCCUCCCUGUCCCUCCUGCCACCUUCAAAGUGUCCAGACAUACACUUUUUUUGCUGCCAAGGACACAGAAAGCAAGUUAGACAAGGGCUCAGGAAAACAACAAGAUCGUGGGAGUUAAAAGGAAGACCUGCCAAAGGAAAUAAUUUUGUGUUGUAAAUCUUUAGAGGGAAUAUUCCACUUUACAGGACUUAAACAUGGGGAACCAGUUAACAGAAAUUGCCCCCAACACCCCAUUCCUCCCCAGCUUUCAGUCUUUACAUGUAGUAGUGAUUGGUUUGGACUCUGCAGGGAAAACCUCGCUCCUCUACAGACUCAAGUUACGGGAGUUUGUUGAGACGAUCCCCACCAAAGGCUUCAACAUGGAGCGGAUUAAAGUGCCCAUGGGGAACUCCAAAACCAACACCACCACGUUCCAGGUUUGGGACGUCGGCGGUCAGGACAAACUGAGGCCCCUCUGGAAAUCAUACACCAGGAGGACGGACGGACUGGUAUUCGUGGUGGAUGCAGCUGAGGCAGAGCGAAUGGAGGAGGCCAAAGUGGAGCUCCACCGGAUCACCCGGUCAGCGGAAAACUUGGGGGUGCCUGUGCUGGUUCUGGCAAACAAACAGGACCUGGAUGGAGCUGCGUCAGCUUCAGAGGUGGAAAAGGUUCUGGCUCUCCACGAGCUGAGCUCAUCCACGCUGCACCACACACAGGGCUGCUCUGCGUUGGAUGGUCAGGGCCUACAGCCAGGUCUGGAGAAGUUAUAUGAGAUGAUCCUGAGGAGGAAGAAGAUGCUCCGACACAGCAAGAAGAAGAGAUGAGGCAAAGAGUUGCAGCUGUGCUGGGGAUAGAGUUUACUUUGCAACCAUUCUUGUCUGUGGACCUUCUCAGCAGCCAUGUCUGUGAUAUUUUGGAACUUUGGUAGGUGAAACCAGAGAGAAGCUUGUCAGUCCUUCAGACAAGUUGGGAUGUCUAAACCAAGUUCAGACGAUGGCCUCAACAGUCUGUUCCAAAUAUUAACACCUUCCUUCACUCAUGAGACUUUUUGGCAGACGUUUGGGAUUACGUCUUCCCUCUCCUCAUGUCCUAUCCUUAAGGGAGCACAGCAGAGAGACAUAAAGCUCCAGAGGGGGCAACAGAGGAAAACCUGUGCAAUAUAUGAUUAACAAUCACUGAUGCACUCACUCCAACAUUGAAGGAUAUUUUGUACCAACCACUACUUGUUACAAUUGUAGUGCCAACAGAAACCUGCAGGCCUGGCCCAAGCAUCGUUCCUGUUCCUUUCAAGUUUCAGUGUCACACUUAACCCCAUAUUUUUAUGUUGCAUGAUGUUCACCCACAUACCCUUUUGGGAAUAUUAAGACAACAUUUUUGUUGAUCAAAAGAAGACCAUUGUUAUUAUUCUAGGUUAGAAACUGCCCAAUGUUCAGUUAGGUAUGUCAUUGGGACUACAGUUAACAUGUGCCACAAAUGUGACAUUUAUGGACUGACACAUUCAGGCUGCAGAAUUCAGCUGUGCAGGUUUAGAUUGUUUUUCACUCCUCACCAAAGUUGUUUGCUUGUCACAGUUGGGUGUAUUUCUGGGUUUGCUGAAUGGUUGGUUGGUAAGUUCAAACAAGAAAUUGUUUUUAUAUCGUGUACAUUUUGUUUUGUAAAAUGUUAACCCGAAUAAAUUAUUGAGCAACUUUGGCAUUACUUGC